UCCGGUGCGUCUCACGCCGCCGCUACUGGUGCCGCUGCUGCGCCGCCUCCGCCUCCUCCCGCUGCCGCCGCAGUCGACGGGCAACAAAGCCGUUAACGGCACCGGAAGGCUGGCGCCACAACUCACUACCUCAGAGCCGCGGGGGAGCCGGCCGGGGCCACGGGAGGGGAGCCGCCCGCCCUGCCCAUCCUGCGCCGAAGCCCGGGCUCAGCGCUAACGCUGGCGCGCUCCCCUCAGCAGGACAGCAGCACUUCAGAGCGGCCCCCUCCGCACGGCCGCGUGCCCCCUUCCCCCGAGAAGCUGCCGGGUCACCACGAAGUGCGAGGAGGCUGCAGCCGGGCAAGGCAGCGCAGCCCUGCACACAGAGGAAGGGGGGGCGUGCAGUGACAGCUAGCCUCCGGCGAGCCCCAGCACAGCCCCCCGAGGGGAGGGGAGGGGAGCGGGCACGGAGCGGAGGACGAGGCUGGCGAAGGCGCAGCGAGCAGAGAGAGUGAUUCUCUUUGGUUCCUUGUCUGGCUGUUCCCGGCGGGGGUGGGGGGGGCAGGGUCCAUGCUCCAGCGAUGGAGCAGCAGCCCCAGCAGCUGCGAGCAGCAGCCGGCGCUCGGAGCCAAGGACAAAUUUGCAAAGCGCUGGCAGCGUUGCUCCCCAGGGCAGAAGGCAACUAUGCACCUGCCUAGCCAAGCGGGCCUCACCUCCAGCCGGGCUCCUUCCACUCGGCUUUCCCGGCUCCUGCUUUGGAUUUACUAGGAGCCAUUUUGUCUUUCACCCCCUUUCCCCUUCCCCCCUCCCCCUUCCUCCCCUUUGUUCAUUCAAAACUGCACCGGAGAGGGGAUGGGGGGGAUGGAGCGGCGUCCUGUGGCGAGAGCUUAAAGAGCAGCUCACAGACCCCUUCCUCCCCAGGCAGGUGCCAAUUACAGAGCAAGGGGCUCGGCUGGGGAGGGGGGGGGCUUUUGCUUUGCUUCUUUUUUUUAAACCCCGUUUUCCCUUGACCCCCCCCAGCUCCCUCCCCCCUCCUUUGUUAGCUGGCGAGAGGAACAAACAGCUGGUUUAAGCCGGGGGAAUAGGGCCCCUUCUCCUUUCUGUGCCAAAUCCCGGACGAUGGUGAAUUAUGAACGUGCCACAUCAUGAAGCUCUUGUGGCAGGCAACUCUGCACCACACCUGGAAUGCUGCCCUGCUCUCGGUCAUCUACCUCACGGCGCAGGUGUGGAUUCUGUCUGCAGCAGCUGCCUGGGCUGGAGCCCCGAACUGCCCCUCCGUCUGUUCCUGCAGUAACCAGUUCAGCAAGGUGGUGUGCACGCGCCGCGGCCUGGCGGAGGUCCCUCAGGACAUCCCUUCCAACACCCGCUAUCUCAACCUCAUGGAGAACAACAUCCAGCUGAUCCAAGCGGACACCUUCCGGCACCUGCAUCACUUGGAGGUCUUGCAGCUGGGCAGGAACUCCAUCCGCCAGAUCGAGGUGGGUGCUUUCAAUGGGCUGGCCAGUCUCAACACCCUGGAAUUGUUUGACAACUGGCUGACCGUCAUCCCGAGCGGGGCCUUCGAGUACUUGUCCAAGCUGCGGGAGCUGUGGCUCAGGAACAACCCCAUUGAGAGCAUCCCUUCAUACGCCUUCAACCGGGUCCCGUCCCUCAUGCGCUUGGACCUGGGUGAGCUGAAGAAGCUGGAGUACAUUUCUGAGGGGGCUUUUGAAGGAUUAUACAACCUGAAGUACCUUAAUCUUGGGAUGUGUAACAUUAAAGACAUGCCGAACCUCACGCCCCUGGUGGGGCUGGAGGAACUGGAGAUGUCGGGGAAUAACUUCCCUGACAUCAAGCCAGGAUCUUUCCAUGGGUUAAAGUCUCUCAAGAAGUUGUGGAUUAUGAACUCCCAGAUCAGCCUCAUUGAGCGGAACGCGUUCGACGACCUCACCUCGCUGGUGGAGCUCAACCUGGCCCACAAUAACCUGACCUCGUUGCCACACGACCUUUUUGCCCCCCUGAGAUACCUGGUGGAGUUGCACUUGCACCACAAUCCCUGGAGCUGUGACUGCGACAUCCUGUGGCUCUCCUGGUGGCUGCGGGAGUACAUCCCCACCAACUCCACCUGCUGCGGGCGCUGCCACGCCCCGAUGCACAUGAGGGGCAAGUUCCUGGUGGAGGUGGACCAGACCUCCUUCCAGUGCUCUGCACCCUUUAUCAUGGACGCCCCCAUGGAUCUAAAUAUCUCUGAAGGACGAGUGGCGGAGCUCAAAUGCCGAACUCCCUCCAUGUCCUCCGUGAGGUGGUUGCUGCCUAACGGGACUGUUCUGAGCCACGCGUCCAACCACCCACGGAUAUCCAUCCUCAAUGAUGGGACCUUGAACUUCUCCCAUGUUUUGCUAACAGACACCGGGAUUUAUACGUGCAUGGUCACCAAUGUGGCAGGGAACUCCAAUGCCUCGGCCUAUCUCAAUGUGAGCACGGCCGAGCUCAACACUUCCAACUACAGCUUCUUCACCACUGUCACGGUGGAAACCACAGAGAUCUCCCCCGAAGACAUCUCCCCAAAAUUCACUAAACCAGUGCCAACGACUUCGACAGGGUACCAGCCGGCAUACACCACCACCACGACGGUGCUGAUCCAGACCACUAAAACGCCCAAGCAGGUGGCGGUGCCCACUGCGGACACUAACGACAAAAUGCAGACCAGCCUGGACGAGGUGAUGAAGACCACUAAGAUCAUCAUCGGCUGCUUCGUGGCGGUGACGUUGCUGGCGGCGGCCAUGCUGAUUGUCUUUUACAAACUUCGCAAGCGGCACCAGCAACGCAGCACGGUGACGGCCGCCCGGACCGUGGAGAUCAUUCAGGUGGACGAGGAUUUGCCGGCGGCACCAGCGGCUCCGCCCAAUGUAUCAGGUGAGGGGGCAGUUGUACUGCCUACAAUUCAUGACCAUAUUAACUACAACACCUACAAACCGUCACAUGGGGCCCACUGGACAGAAAACAGCCUGGGGAAUUCGCUACACCCCACGGUAACCACUAUCUCUGAACCUUAUAUAAUUCAGACCCACACCAAGGACAAAGUACAGGAAACUCAAAUAUGACUUUUUUCAGAAAUUAUACAUGCAAUAGAAUGCACAAAACAAAACAAGACAGCAACUUUUGUACAGAGUGGGGGAGAGACUUUUUUUCUUGUAUAUGCUUAUAUAUUAAAUCUAUGGGCUGAUAAGAGAAGCAGAUUAUAUUAAAAUUAAAAAAACUAUUUUCUAACUUGCAAGUUCUAUUUAAAGCAAAAGGGGUGGGGGGGGAAUCAAAACCUAAAACAAAACCGAGGCCAAACUGACUUUCUGGCGCGAGGCUGGGAACACAAUGAGCGAAGGGCCAGGCAGGGAGCGGGGAAGGAAGGAUCAGCUCUUAGAAGCUGUUCCACAGAAUGCGGGACAAACCCGUUUCUAUAACCAUCUUUUCUGAAAGCCCAACAUCAAUAUUUACAGAUUUAUCUUAGUUAAAAAAAGAAGGAAAAAGGGCACCAAGAAUUUGUACUGUGCCAAAAUGUUACAAAUGCAAUAAUGGGGUUUUUGUGGGGCGGGGGGGAUAUGGAGAGACCAUGGGGCUAAAUAUAUAUCUGUAUUAAAGAAAAAAAAGCCAACGUUUGCCAUGUAUCUCAGUAGGGCUGUGUGUGUGCCGGCUCUGUGGGGAUCAUGUAUCCCAACGGAGCUUUGAAAGAAACAGCAGUGAAAGAGAGAGAGAAAUUGGCGUCACUCUCAGUCAAAUGCUUCCAUACUGCACCAGAUUUCUGCAGUUCAGUUUAACCCGCUGCGCACAGGGACCAUGUGUGUGUGCCUGUGACUUUCCCAGGAGGGAAGGGAGCAAGGGAAGGUUAGGUCAGGUUGGCUAGAGGACAUCCUAGCAGCCUUGUGCGCUGCGUGUGUGUGUGGCUAUGGUGCGGGAGAGCUGACAGAUGACUGUAGACUAUGCUCCAAUUUUAUGAUUUUUUUUCCAUCUUUGUUAAGGUGGCAAGAGCUGAAGCUUUUCCCUCCCCCCUAACUGCUGGGGUUCCCCAAUCAAUCGAGGGCUCUUUAGAUAUCUGUCACCUGGUGGGGGCAGGAGCAAAUCAAACGGGAGCUGCUGCAAGGCAGAAAUACUCUCACUUGUUUAUAGAAAUGCAACCAGAUUACGCAUGGGGGAAUCGUCAGAUUGACAGUCUCUUGCUCAUGUGAGCAUCUGGCGAACCCUGGAAGGGGGAAAAGGCUCUCCUCCCUGGCACAUUCACCCCCAAAACCAACUUGUGGAAGGUGUCUGGGGAGCAGGGAAGCGCUGAGGGAGGCUGAGCCCAUUUCCAGCGGAACUUCUUUCCUUUCUGAGCAGAGCUUUUAACAAAUGAAGUGAAAGGAUUCAAAUCUAAGGGUGAGAACAGACAGAGCGACACCAGAACAAUCGGCCUGUACUCUGAGAAAAAAGUGUAUUUUUGUAUUUUAAUAAACAUUGUUCACAUUUUUAAUGACACGUCCCUAAC